CCAGCAAUCGCCAGCGAGACGGCGAGGGGGGAGGAAGGGGCUGUUAAAGGGUAAGGCCAUGCCUUUGCUUUUGUGACAGGAUCCUUUGAUCCCAAGAAGCCACGCCGCUGAGGCAGGCAGUUGUCGCCAGGCGGUGAGGAAGACAUGCGCCUCCGAUCAUGGAGAUAAAAGACUCGGGCAGUGUGGUCCUGACAGCCUACCAUUCUUACACUCCAUCCCGGCUACCAACCAGAGUGGCUGCGGAGAGUUCCCCCAGCCGGUCGCCUCUCAGGAAAUCUCUUCCUCGAUGCCAAAGAAUUAACAGAAUGCUCUCCAAUGAAUCCUUGCGUCCUCCUGUGUACAGCCGUUCCAAUUCCCAAGCCUCUGUUGACAGUAGUUCCAUGGACGAUUUCUGGUGUGAGGUAGAAAAUAUCAAAGAGAGCACGGAAGAUAGGCAAGAUGAACAUACCCUGUUAGAUGUCAAGCCUCCUGAUGAAGGAGACUUGGAAGCUGAAUGGUUGCAAGAUGUAGGCCUAUCUACAUUAAUAUCAGGAUCUGAAGAGGAGGAUGGAGAAGCAUUACUGUCCACACUGACCCGAACGCAAGCAGCAGCAGUACAAAAGAGAUACAACACCUAUACUCAAACCAUGAGAAAAAAGAAUAAGCAUACAGUCAGAGAUGUGCGGGAUAUCUUUGGCAUCAAUGACACUUCUCCCACAUUUGAGGCCAUACCAGUUUCACCUGCUACAACUAAUGGUAUCCAGCUUCCUAUGCUGAAACCAGCUCGUAGCUGUCUAGAAUGUAAAGACAACCAAUUGGUGAAAGAAGAGCUAUCCUUUGAGGUUUCUUUCUCAGAAUCAAUCAUGGUGAUUCCAAAGCACAGAGAAUGGCACACAAAUCAAAGAUUGAGAAAGGAUGAGUCUUCUUUGCCCAACUUUACGAUUAGGAAAAGCCGAUUUGGACUGACUGAAGUUGGAGAUUUGUCUCUUGGUGACAUGAAGAAAAUUCGCUAUCUCUCUCUGAUAGAGCUAACAGCCUUCUAUGAUGCUUUAGGAAUAGAGCUGAAGAGGAACCGAACAGAAAGAGUCAAAGGACGGGAAAAUGGCCUUUUUGGAGUUCCACUUGCAGUCCUGAUAGAAAACGAUCAGAAGAAGAUUCCUGGAAUAAAAGUUCCUCUCAUCUUUCAGAAAUUGUUGCUCAAGCUUGAGGAGACGGGCCUGGAAACAGAAGGAAUUCUUCGAGUGCCUGGAUCUGCCUCAAGAGUUAAAAGUCUUCACCAAGAAAUUGAAGCAAAAUUUGAUGAAGAUACAUUUGACUGGAAUCAAGUGCGCAACAAUGAUGCAGCAGGACUGCUGAAGAUGUUUAUACGAGAACUUCCAAGUCCACUCUUCACUGUGGAAUAUCUGCCUGCUUUCAUCACAUUAGUGGAAAAAAUCUCCAACAUCAAAUUACAGCUGCAAGCUUUGCAUUUGCUGAUCAUGUUGCUUCCUGAUGCCAGCAGGGACACAGCCAAGGCCUUUUUAAAGUUCUUGAAGAAGGUGGUUGCUCAUGAAAAGAAAAACAAAAUGACUUUGUGGAAUGUGUCCAUGAUUGUUGCCCCAAACCUCUUCAUUUACAAAGGCAAACAUGCAAACCAAGAAGAAAUGCUAGCAGCAGCCACCACUGCACAUGUCGUGAGACUUUUGAUUAAAUAUCAGGAAAUCCUGUGGAUGGUCCCAACAUUUCUGAUUUCUCAGGUGAGAAAGAUGAACGAAGCUGCAAUGAACAAUACAAAGAGACAGCAGAUGUUUGACAAGGGUGUGCGAAGGCUAUUGAGAAGAAAAACUAUGGAGCGGGAGAGGCCAGAAAAAACAGAGUCUGAUAUACCUGAGGGGGUGAUAAGAGUUCAUGCUCCAUUGCAUUCAAAAGUUUCUAUGGCAAUUCAGUUGAACAAUCAAACAAAAGCCAAAGAUAUUCUGGCACGAUUUUACUGUGAAAACAGCCAUGGAUCAUCAGAGAAGAUGAAAAUGCCUAUCCAAAGUUUACAUGAAAUUGGAGGAAAUAUAGGACAGCACUGUUUGGAUCCAGAUGCUUACAUGCUGGAUGUUUACCAUGCAAAUCCUCAAGCAGAAUGGGUGAUCAAACCAAAAAUAAGUUGAAACGUGUAAGGGCAUCUUGGCACAUCAUUUUGGAAAAUGCCCAAAGAAUUAUUGAAAAGCUUCACCUAUGAAGAGCCAUGUUGCUAAGGAUGAAACCAAAGCAGUUGCUACUCUACAUGUAUCUUCCAAACACAAUUUACAUUAUCUUUCCUUCAAAUGAAUCAUAUGACCCGAGAACUGUUUGUCCAGCUAUGGGUUUCUUACAAUUCUAAUUUAUUUUGCAACGAGUACACUUUAACAUCAGUUUUACGGGUGCCUCUUUCAUUGAAGGAAUAUAGACAGACCUUUCGUUAACAGAAUAAAAACUGGAUUUUCCCCUAUCUUGCCACUCUCAGGAGACAAAGGGCGACCACUAAUAACAAGAUACUCAAAGGAAAAUGGGAAGUAUCAUUUAAUACAAAAAAAUUAAUCAUUUAAUACAAAAAAGGCAGUGCCAAAGCUCUGUGACCACUCAUUCCUGUUGAAGGGAAAGCUUUUAUUGUCAAAUGUUAGUAACUACAGUACCUGUGUCUCAGUUCUUAUUACUGCUGCCAAUGAGAUGGGGAAACUACUGUGUAAAGCAUUUUUACUGUUAAUGUACUAUGCAUGUAUAUAAAUACUGUACAUAGGUAUUCAGUAUUUUAAUGGCAUUUCUCUGACUUUGCCAAUAUUCAAAUCAAUGUGUAACAAAUAAUACAAGUUGAUUUGUAACACAUGGAUUUCAUACCAUAUGCUAUUGAUCAUUCUACACAUCAACUACUUGGAAAGAGCUAGAAGAUAGAUGGAUGUGUAGAUCUAAAUAAAAUUUGUAAGUCUACUUUUUAAAAAAACCUAAUAGCCUUAUUGUAAAGCAUUUUCAGCAUGUGAGAUAGGAUGAAUGUUUGACAGGUACAAGAUAUGCAUCCUUUUAUUUCAAAGUGUUGUUUUGCCUUUUAAUUUAAUUUUAAACCAACAGUAGUUAAAAGCAGUGGCCUCUCCUUUAAGUUUAUAUACGUAUGGGGGAAAUGAUCUUAGAUUGUUGGCAUCAGAGAAAUAAUGAAGUGUGUUCUAAGAGGCAUUAUAGACCAUGGGGGGGGGGUUAGGAUCCACCAUUUUAGAGGCAGCCAACAUGGUGCCCCCCAGAUGGUUGGGACUACAAUUCCCACUAGCUGCAGCCAACAUGAUCAGUGGUUAGGAGCAAUAGGAGUUGAGGACACCCCUGUGGUAGUGCGUCACAGCCUGAUCUAUGGUUGCCACAGCAGCAUUCCCCCUACACAAAUAUAUGGUAAAACAAAUAGUCCCCAAAUGUAUGUUUGGGUUAAAGGUAGGUCUCACGUCUGAAAGCAUUGAAGACUACUGAUACAGACUUUAGGAAAAUCCAGACAAUGUUGAACACUUUUAAUCCCAGUGGCUAAAACAGAAGAAUUAAGCAUGUAUUUAAAUCUCUUGCAUCAAAAUCAAGAGAAUUUAGAGUGCUUAAUAUUGGCUGAAUCAUGCCUUCCAUUAUGGUGAAUUAAAUGUAGCCUUGGAUUAAUGAAAACAUAAGGUAGAAUGUUGAAUGUCUAAUGAAAGGUAUUAACUGACUGACUACUGCAGUAGACUAAUUCAUAUCUGUAGAAAUAGGUGGUUUUUUUUUAAAAAAAAUCUUAUAAUCUACAAAGCAGAAUCUUACUUUAAUUCAAAUACUUAUUGCAUGGUCAAUUCAAUGUGGUUUGUUUUGCUUUUAAAAAAAUUGGCUUGUAAGCCAUGGAAAGGUAGGGAGAAACAUACCUUUUCCCAUGGAUAUGUAUUUUGCGCUAUAACUAGCAAGUGCACUAACGCAAAGGACUUAGACAUAGUUUCUUUUUUCUGCAUGGCACUGCAUGAUGAGAAUAUCAUGUUUUUACUGAAAUGAAUGUAACUUAUGUCCAUGUAAUAAGUUUAGGAUAUAGGGGAACAAUUCAAAAUAUUUAAAAGGAUAUAAGGAAGAAACAGCACAAAUUUUAUACUCAGUGGGUUGUAUUUAAUGCUGUGCCUGUGCAACCCUCCAGAGCUGAUUUUGAGGGUGCAUGGGAGGGGUGGAGGGGACAGGAAGCCCUGUUCUACACACAAAGUCCAUUGUGACACUGGAGCUGCAUUGCUGGAUGCGGCCCCAUGAUUUUACAAAACAGAAUAAAUGUCUUUAAGGAUUCAUGUACAAAGAAGUAUUGUCAACUAUGUAGUAAGUACUGGAACAUUCUCUGUGCCUCACUUGCUAAUGUGUUAACAGUGCAAACUACCUCAUUGCAUUUAUUUAGAUUAAUACAUGCUCAAAGCUUUUGGGCUUAAUCCAAAGGGACCUCAGUACCAGCUGAUUGGUCAGCUCAGUUAGCCCUCAACAGCUGUUCACUGAAGGAUGGGAUUUUGUAAGCCACAUCCCUCCAUCAUGUGAUUACUGCUAACAAUGAUUCCCUUGUGCAUUGAGCUCUGGGACAAGUUGAUUGGGGCUGGGGGAGGAAUCCAGCUAUGGGAACCUCACACCUAACACAGGUUUCCAGUUUAACAGAAGCAGUGCCUUUAAGAUAUUUUCAGAUUGUGGAUUCUACUUCUGAGAUAAUAGUUCCCCCCCUUCACCAGAAUCCUACUCUAUUAUUAUUGAUAUACAAGUAUGAACCUGUGGCAAAAUAUCACAAGAGUGAAGGGUAGAGCAAAGUGAAGGAAUUUGUUUUUCCUUUAACUCUCCCUCUCCACCCACACAUUGUGCCUUUCUUGAUGUUCAUUUGUUGUAAAUUUACCUUAUUUAUUUUUAACAGUUGAAGCUCUUCCUAUCAGUCUCAUCAAGUGCUAUCUGGUUCACACAAUAAUUUUUUUGUCUCGCUACCCAAUUUUCAAACUGCUAUCACUAUCUCAAUGUUUCUGUGACACCAUUUUCCUUCCUACACAAGACCAAAUAUUUUGCAUCACUGUUUCUUUCUAAUGCUUUCAGUGUCCAAGUGCUCAUACUGAAGGGGUUAUGCAAAGAUCUGACUUACCAUAAUUUAUUUCCCUUUUAUUUCAUCCUACGGGGAAGUAGCUGGGAUAAUUCCUCACUGAACCCCUGCUCUUCCAUACUAGAUCAGGGACAAGAGGUAGCAUAUCUGGUGGGGUGUUGUGCCAGCAACCCCUUACCUCAAUGCUCUUCUAACCUAGCAAGCAAAUAAUUUUUCUACCCACCACUCACUGCAUCAGUGGGUACAGAGCUUUUCUUUUUUCUGACUGGAUCAUGGACCCUGGAAUGCAAGUAAACAGAUACUGGAGAGACGCAUUUGUCUAUUGCCUCUCCUCUUAAGUUAAAAAGAAAAUUAUCCCUUUGUCACAGAAAGGAUCCCAGGAGGAGGGAUUAUUCCUGUAAUCUAGCCAACUUUGUUUUUUAUAUAUACACUAGCAGCCUCAUACCCAGUUCUAAGAAACCAAAAAAUAUGUGCCGUUUUGAAAUCAGUGAUUAAAAUCUGUGCAGUUUUGAAAGGUUCUGUCUGCCAUCUUGAUUCAAAAUGGUAUCCAAUUGUAUCCGAACACAUGCAAAAUUUGGUUAUAGCAUCUUAAGAGGUGUCCACGUGUGUAGCAAACUGACAAGUUUCCAAAAUAUAUAGUGGAUACACACACACGCACAACUUACACUGGAAAUGGACAGUAUCAUUUGUGGCUUAAAUGAUCCAAAACAGAGAGUGAAAUUGGGCUGUAGGAUAGUCCCUAUGCCGACAACCCAUUUUUUUUCCUUCCAUAUACACACAGGCUAAAGAGAAGCAAGCAAACAAAAAGCCGUUUUCUUUCUCUUCAGCCUAGCUGAAAGCAUACAUGGGUAAUGACUUGCUAAUGACAUACUGCUGCCCUGCUAUAACAUUACUGGCAGCAUGAAGGCAGUGUGCAUGUGCAGCCCUCAUCCUCCAACUAUUUUGACAGAAGGCAGGGAUCCCCUCCCGAAAACAAGAUUCCAGUAUCCAGGAAUCUCCUUGUACUCUCUCCCAGGGCUUGUUUGUGCAGGUGCAGACAUCACACAAAUAUUAAUAAUACAAAUAUUAUCAGGAGUGAAAACUAUCGUGCUGUAGUUUUUAUGUGUCAUCCAUGGGCAAUAAUUUAGCCAAAGCUUAACAUAUUAAGUAAACUUUUUGAAUAUUAUAUUAGAUAAUUAAAUGACCAGAACCCUCUGCACUUUUAUUUCUGUUCAUAUUGAAUGCAGCUGGAAGUUAAUAUCAGAGGCAUAUUACUUUUUUACUUUUUAAAACAGUUUUUUUAAAUAAUACUCUAGUAGCAACAACACUUACUUAAAAUGAAGUCUGUUAGCAUUUGUUUUCAUUGACCAUCUGUCAUGAAUGGUUUGAUUAUAGGCAUUCUGACUAAAUGCAGAGGAUUUAGAAAGUAGAACUUGUAUGUACUUAAUUCAAGACAAAAUAUUAAAA